AUGCGUAUUCAGAAGAACUCUGCUACCUUACACGGAGAAAUCUCGACAUUGGAGAAUGCAGGCAGACUCCCAGGACGUCUUUACAAGGACUGUACCAUGUAUACGACCUUGUCUCCGUGCCACAUGUGUUCCGGUGCAUGUCUCAUGUACGGUAUUGGGAGAGUGGUUCUAGGCGAGAACGUCAACUUUAUGGGCGCAGAGGAUCUUCUUCGUUCCAAGGGGGUUGAAGUGGUCAAUGUGGAGGAUGCUGAAUGUAAGAAGCUCAUGUCUGACUUCAUCAGAGACCGCCCAGAGGACUGGAACGAGGACAUUGGAGAGUAA